AUGCCUGAGUCCCUGUCCCCUGGUUGCCAGCAGAGUCUGAUGGCGGCCGCUGAGCAAGGACCACAGCCCCAGGGCUGUGUGGCAUUUAAGGACGUGGCUAUCUACUUCUCAGAGGAAGAAUGGACACUUCUUGAUGACUCUCAGAGGUUCCUGUACCGCAGAGUAAUGAUGGAGACCUUCGUUAUGAUGACCUCAUUGGGACUUGUACCUUCUGAGAUCCGUGACAUCACUCACCUGGAAUCUUCAGGAGGUUCCUUCACCCAUGCACUGAGACUCCACUCAUUCCUGACUCCAGGGUGCUGGAACAGAGAGGGCGAGACAUCACCCGUUGAGCAGAGUACUUCUGCAGAGCACGGGAUUAACGCAGCCUUGCCUGAACAGCAGAAGCUGACAUGUGGUGAUGAACCCCUACAAAGAGAACAGAUCAGAAUCCCAGCCGUGAAGACCAACAGAAGUGACCCAUCAGAGAAGAUUUCACAAAGUACAAACGAUGUGAUGGACUUCCAGGACUCCUCAAAUCUUGAGUCUCAGGUGACCCCCUGUGCCAGGCAGCCACACAGAAGCUCUGAGACUACAGAGUCCAUUCACACCAAGAAAAGAAACUACAAAUGCAGUGAGUGUGGCAAAACCUUUAGUUACAAGUUCCGGCUUAUUCGACACCAGAAAAUACACACUGGAGAAAGGCCUUUUAAGUGCAAUCAGUGUGGGAAGUCCUUCCGCCAAAAUGCCCAUCUCGUUGUACACUUGAGGACUCACACUGGAGAAAAGCGUUUUCAAUGCACCAAGUGCAGAAGAGCUUUUAAUUAUAAAAGCUCUCUCAUUCAUCAUCUGAAUGCUCACAAUGGAAAAAUGCCUUAUAAGUGCAGUCAAUGUGGGAAAUUAUAUAGGAACAAAUCCAGCUUAAUAUGUCAUUAUCGACUUCAUACUGGAGAAAAGCCCUUUGUGUGCAGCAAAUGUGGGGAGUCAUAUAGGAACAGAAUCAGCCUUGUAAGUCAUUAUCGACUUCAUACUGGUGAAAAGCCCUAUAAGUGCGAUAAAUGUGGAAAGUCAUUUAAGGAAAAAUCCAGCCUUUUUUAUCAUGGCCGAGUGCACAAUGGCGAAAGGCCUUUCCAGUGCAGUGAAUGUGGAAAGUGUUUUAUCCAAAAUUGUCACCUUGUGAAACACCAGAGAGUUCAUAACACAUCUUUUGUGUGCAAUGAGUGUGGGAAUGCCUUUACUUCAGGCUUCAGCCUCCUUAGACAUAAGAGAGUUCACACGGCAACAAAGCAAUAUGAGUGCAAGGAGUGUGACAAAGUGUACUGCUAUAGUUCUGGCCUCUAUAAACAUCGCAAGGUUCACAGUAGGUGA